AUGUCCCACCUCUUCCCAACCAGCAGAGGGCGAUAUACUGCUGCGCAGUGUGUUUGUUUGUGCGCAUGCGCGGCCCUGCUCCGCUCUGACGAUAGCGGAAAAACCUCACAGCGUCUGCAGCAGAGUGACCAGUGCCCGGGGGGAGAGUGCAGUGGCCCCUGCCCUGCGUCUCUCCGAGCCCCAGAAGGUUCUCAGCGGUCUCUGUCUCCUGCUUGGAGCCUUCGAACAGCGGCUGCUCCUCAGGGUCCCUGCUGCUCUGGAGUCAUGGGUUCGCGGUCCCCUUGUGGCCCCCUGUGCCUCCUCUGGGUGGCGCUGCUGCUGCUGCUGGGAACGAAGGCCGAGGAGCGGGACUACUACACUCUGCUGGGGGUGAGCCGCUCGGCCAACACCAAAGAGAUCCGCCGGGCCUUCAAACAGCUGGCCCUGACCAUGCACCCGGACAAGAACCCGGGAGACGCGACGGCUCAUGAGAAGUUCCUGAAGGUGAACCGGGCCUACGAGGUUCUGAAGGACGAGGAUCUGAGGAAGAAGUACGACAAGUACGGAGAGAAGGGUCUGGACGAGCAGCAGGGCGGCCGCUACGAGAGCUGGAACUACUACAGAUACGACUUUGGUAUCUACGAUGACGACCUGGAGAUCAUCACUCUGGACAGUGGAGACUUCGAAGCGGCCGUGAACUCUGGUGAAGUCUGGUUUAUCAACUUCUACUCCCCACGCUGCUCCCACUGUCACCAGCUGGCUCCUACGUGGAGGGAAGUGGCCAAAGAGAUGGACGGCGUGAUCCGGAUCGGAGCCGUGAACUGUGGAGACAACCAUCAGCUGUGCCGGAGGAGAGGGGUCAGCAGCUACCCCAGCCUGUACCUGUACCGAGCAGGCCAGCCGCCAGAGAAGUUCAGUGGUGAGCGCUCCAAGGACAGCCUCGUGCGCGUCUCCAUGCAGUUCAUCACCGCCACCGUGCACCAGCUGUGGCACGGAAAUGUCUUCAGUGAGAUCGAGACGGCGUUCUCUGAAGGCGUCGGUUGGCUCAUCACCUUUUGUGCAGAAACUGGAGACUGCCUGGAGCCCCGGAGCCGGCAGAAGCUGGCCAGCAUGUUGGACGGCCUGGUGAAGGUGGGAUGGCUCGACUGUGUGCACCAGGAGCAGCUCUGCGAGAGCUUCCAGGUGAGCAGUGGAGCCACCGCCUUGUUCCCUCCAGGAAGCUCUCUGGACCAAGAAGGCAGCGUCCUGUGGCUGCACACCCUGGACAGCAGAGAGAUCUACCAGCAGGUCCUCCAGCACCUGCCUGACCUGGAGCUUCUCAGUGCCCACAACUUCCAGAGUAAAGUGGCUCGGCACCGAUGGCUCGUCAGCUUUUCUUUUGGUGAAAAUGACACAUCUAUGAAUGAAUACAAGAAGCUGCAAGCUCUGCUCCGGAACGACCACAUCCAGGUGGGCAGAGUGUUGUGUGUGGCAGACGCCGAGCUGUGCCGGUCCCUGUACAUCCACAAAGCCUGCGUGGCCGUGUUCAAAGGAAUGGGCAUCCACAACUUCGAAAUCCACCACGGUAAAGAUGCGUUGUACAACAUCGUGGCGUUCGCCCGCGACAGCGUGAGGGCCCAUGUGACCACGCUGAGGCCAGACACCUUCCCGACCAAUCAGAAGGAGCCCUGGCUCGUCGACUUCUUCGCCCCGUGGUGCCCCCCCUGCCGGGCCCUCCUCCCUGAGCUGAGGAAGGCCUCCAUCCAGCUGGCAGGACAGAUGAGGUUCGGGACCCUGGACUGCACGGUCCAUCAGCAGGUCUGCUCCAGGUACAACGUUCAGGCCUAUCCCACCACCGUCAUCUUCAACGGCUCCUCUGUGCACGAGUACGAAGGCCAGCACUCUGCAGCCGGCAUCCUGGAGUUCAUACAGGACCUGGUGCAGCCGGCGGUGCUGGUCCUGGAUCCUGAAAGCUUCACACAGAAAGUCAAAGGGCGGUCAGAGGACGAGGUGUGGGCCGUAGCCUUUUUCGCUCCGUGGUGUGGACCAUGUCAGAUGCUGAAGCCCGAGUGGAGACGCAUGGCACGGCUGGUCUCGGGUCAGAUCCUGGUGGGCUCUGUGGACUGUCAGCGCUUCCAGACCUUUUGUCAGAGUCAGGGAGUGAGGGCGUACCCCGAGCUGCGCCUCUACUCUGGGGGCCCCAGGACCACCCACAGCACGUACAGCGGCUGGCACAGAGAUUCUCAGUCGUUGAGGAGCUGGGCCCUCAGCGCUCUGCCUCGCGCCUCCAUAGACCUGACUGCAGACUCGUUCCGGAGGCUGGUGCUGGAGGGAGAGCAGCACUGGGUCUUGGACUUCUACGCCCCGUGGUGUGGGCCGUGUCAACACUUCGCUCCAGAGUUUGAAGUCGUGGCCCGAAACCUGCAGGGGGCAGUGCGGGCCGGGAAAGUGGACUGUCAGCAGCACCAGCAGCUGUGCCAGGCCGCAGCCAUCAACGCAUACCCCACAGUGCGCUUCUACCCCCAGCAGAGGGCGCCUCGGAGUGUGUCUGGAGGAGAGUUCAUCAACAGCAGAGAGGCCCAUGUGAUCCAUGACAUCAUCAGACAGCGACUGGAGAAGCUAACUCCGCGCGCUAACAGGAAAUCCAAGGACGAGCUCUGA